AAGAGCACGCCGAUCUGCAGAUUGCCCAGCAACUCCAUACGGCACUCAGAUUUACAGGCAAGGUCAACGACGAGCUCAAAAACGCGUCGGCGGCUGAAAGUCUGUCGCAAGCGGUGGUAUCUGGGAGCACUCUUCUGCUUUCACGAGGCCUUGUGAACAAACGAUUGCUUGACUGAUACAACAAUGGCGCGACGAGGAGUGUGGGAGCUAAAUGAGGUAAUUGUGCGAUACUGCGCCAGCAGCGGGAGCAGUCGAGGAAUACGCGAGUUUGUGGCAAAAGACCUCGCGGAUUUUGCUGAGCGCAACCCGCAGAUUACUUUCAAGACCGAGAUCCGUGGGGGACAUCCUUGCGUCUUUGGCAAAUAUAUAACUGGAUACGAGAGAUCUAUCACCCUGAAGAACCUCAGUCCGGAGAAGAUCGGAGACGUUUUCACCUACUUGCGCAACACGCUCGGGCGAAAGGUACCCAAGCACAACGAAAUCAGUAUUGGAGUCGUAGAGAAGAACCAGGAAAGCGUUCAGGGGUUUUGGAGAAACUCGGCUACAUUGCUAGAAAAAGAGCUGCCAGAGGUCACACAGCUACGGGAACGAAGAAGACAGGAAUAUGGCUUGCAAAGCAUGAUUGACGAUGUGGGAGUGACGGGGAUCGUGCGCAUCACGCAGAAACUACUAGAACGGCAAGAAAUGGCGAAACAAGCCGCGCUAGAUGCGGAACCCAAGGUAGAGAAGAUCCGCGCCACAGAAUAGAACAAACGUAACCUGAUAUCUUAUUUGCUCGCUCCCUACUUUAUGUAAGUCUGGCUCUAAGUCUAUCUUUUGCAACA